AUGGAUGGUUGUGGAGUUAUUGGCAAAAAUGUAGAUGUAAUGGAAAUUCAAAUUGGACAAGAGUUCAUUUUUGUUGCCAAGAUUUCAUACUCCAAACCAACUCAUGCAAGGGAUUUUUUGCUUAGUGGUAGUGAUUUUUACCAACAGGCAAAACUGGUCAAAACUGAUAGCAGUCCAAAGCUGAUGAUGGUCAGGACAGUCAAAACUGAAUAUGGCAGCAAAAAUUGA